GUUCUCUCCCGAUUGGCUCGCUGAUGGAACGCUGGUGUGCUAUUGGUGUUUGAGCACGUCAAUCGCCUCCCUGUCACAGAGUUUUUGCAGUGACUUGCAGACCGGCAGGCUUGCUUGCUGUCAUUGCAUGCCAAUAGGGUUUGCAUACAGGGGCUUUAUUAGAUAAUAAUAAAAUAAAUAAAUAAAAACAAAAUGAAAUUGUCAGCGGCGACCUUCUAUGCCUUGCUGGCCGGCUUGUUUGCAAUAGCGAUUCGCGACGUGCUUUUUGAAUACGAGGAGAACGGGUGUAGCAUGACCUACAUGUUCGAGUAUCCCGAAUACCAGAGAAUCAGACUGCCGAAGAGGCUGCAGCGACAGUAUCCGAGCUACGGGCUCUACCUCUAUGGAGAAGGGAUCUACGCUGAGGAGAACAAGAAGCUGAAGCUGACUGGGAUCCCCGUCCUCUUUCUGCCUGGGAACGCUGGCAGCUACAAGCAGGCCCGGUCCCUCGGUUCUGUAGCUCUCCGGAAAGCAGAGAACAUGGACAGCCGCUUCCAUCUGAAUGUCUUCACCGUGGACUUCAACGAGGAGCUGGUGGCCUUGUACGGGGGCAGCCUGCAGAGACAGACCAAGUUCAUCCACGAGUGCAUCAGAGCCAUCCUCAAACUGUAUAAGGAUCAGGCUGUGCCCCCUAGCAGCGUGGCGGUGGUAGGACACUCCAUGGGUGGGAUCGUGGCGCGGGCCCUCUUCACGCUGCCCAAGUUCAACUACAGACUCAUCAGCCUCAUUAUCACCCAGGCCACACCUCACCAGGGACCCGUGCUGCCCCUGGACAGCGACCUCCUUGAUUUCUACACGACAGUGAACCAGCACUGGUCUGAGCGUGCUCAUGAGCUGCGUAAUGUGACGGUGCUGUCGGUGGGAGGGGGGUUCCGUGACUAUCAGGUGCGCUCCGGACUCACCGCCCUGCCCUGCCCCUCGGACGACCCCAACAAGCUCUCCCUCGUGAGUACAGCUGUGCCAAGGACCUGGGUCUCCACAGAUCACCUCUCCAUUGUUUGGUGUAAGGAGCUGGUGCUGGCUACUGUCCGAACCUUCUUCGACCUUGUGGAUCCUGACACCAAGCAGAUAACAGAGGACCCAGAGAAGAGAAUGGCUGUGAUCCGGCAUCAUUUUGUCAGACAUCCUGUGAAAAUCUACGAUGACACGGCAGACAAUGUCAUCACAUUCUCAGUGCCAUCAGAGGUAUGGACUAGGGUCCUGGCUCCCAGGCUGUCUUACACAAGCCCUACGGAACCCAGAACAAAAUAUUAUAUUUUUCCUCUUUCAAGUCACAGAAAAUCCUACAGCCAUUUCCACUGUCAGAGCAGCAAUCUGGAGAUGAGCAGCUGGCUGUUCGGCUGCACACAGAGUAACGGGCAAGCAUGCCUGCAGGCGGUAGAUCUGUCUUGGGAGACUGAAUUACUCCCAGCCUUUAAGGUUUUGACUCUGAAACUGGACGAUUAUCCUUCCUUCUCCCACAUUGUUGUCAGCGCCUCAAACACGAACGCCAAGCAGCUGUUUGUUUCCUCCCUGUGUCCCCUGCAGUUCAGUAUAGACUGUGAGUUUUUCAAUGAAGACUCUCGGAUCGUCUCCACUCCAGUGACUCACGUCCUGUCUUUCGGUGUGACUGUGAGUGAGGUGGUGCUGCACCCAACAGGCCUCAUCCACAAUAUUCAGCUACAGGACUUUCACCAGAUGUAUCAGGCUUUUACAAUCCGAAUUGAGAGCCACUGCCAGACACCACAAGAAGGAAAGCACAGCAUUUACAGACUCAGAGUGCCGUGGUUUCAUGAGGAUUCAUUCACAACAGCAAGGUACAGCAGUGGUUCGUCUGUGACUCAGAUCUCUGCCAGGCUGCACUCCGCCCGGCCAGACAACACCUCCACCGCCAGCCUGCAGCUCCACACCAGCCCUGGCUGCCGGUACACGGUUACCAUACGGACAUCUGUUUUUCAAGUGCUCGGACAGAUACUUCGGUUCCAUGGCUCCUGCCUGCCUGUCUACAUCGCUGUCAGUAUCCUCCUGACGUACGAGGGCCAGCUCCACUCCCUGCUUACCACAGGUCACACUGUGGAGCUAGGGAAGGCUCUGAGUGCCUCUGCUAAACCAUACAGAGUGAUGCCGGUCAUCAACAUCCUCCUGUAUCUCCUGAGUGUGGGCUGCCUCCAGGCAGGCUGGUCCGCCCUGUCCCUGCCUCCACUGGACGUGCCCCCCCUGAGUGAGGAGGGGGGCGACUGGUCCCCGCUGGUGUCUCUGCUGCUCUUCAUGUUCGGCUCUGCCAUCGCAUACUGGGGCAGCGCUCUGUUGGGCCUGUCACUGAGCCUGCUGUCCGUCCCACUGUCAGCCAUCCACAGACCGUCCACUUCUCCGAGCAGCGGCAGGCUGGGCUCACGCGGCCAGAUCAGUCUGAUGGUCUUCCUGGUGGUCAUCUGCUGGACAACCUGUGGAGCUCUGGCCCUGAUAAUCACCUACCUCAUCUACCUGUACAAGGUUUUGAGGCUGCAGAUGUCAGAGAGAACACUGAAACAUGUGCUCAACCUGGCCCCAAGGCAGUCUCUGGGCAGAGCCACAGGUCCUGGGAUCUGUGUGAAGGAAGGAGGUGGAGGGGCUGUGGAGGCCCUAGGGCCCGAGGGGUCGGCAGUCAGCUGUAACGGCAGUGACCUGGUCUCCAUCUCAGUGUUGGAGGACACCAGCGAGGACCUGUACCUGCACCUGACCCUGCUGACCCUGCUGACCCUGCCUGUGCUGCUGAGCGCACCCUCCUUCAUCUACUGGACGAAGAACCUCAGGUACAGCCUGCGCCUUGACCCUGACCCCUGCUGGCCAGUGGCCAUUGUCCUGGUCAUCUCCGCAGUGCUGCUUAUGAGCUCCAGCACAGCUUCAAUUCGAACCAGUAAACUGUUGAAGGCCAGCGCCAGGCUGCAGUUUCCUGUGUCUAUCGCCAUGGUGGCGUUCGCCCUGCUGCACCUCUACAGAGUGGCUCACUUCAUUGCCCUCACCCUGAGUCUGCACGCACUCAGCUGCUUGAUAUAGCUCCUUAAAAAAACAAACAGUCCGUCAUUGCGUGUGCAGCCUGUCUCCGAGGAUUCCGUGCAGGUCCACAGGGCAAAUGCUCCAGCACUACCCUUUUCGCAUUUACUCUGAUGUGCAGAGUUACGUAUCUGCUCAUGCCUUUAUCAGUGGAAUAUUUGAGUGUGUUUUAGAAGUUAGGGAUGAACUAACUACAAGAACGAGAAGAAACAGAAUGUCUCUGACUCAUGGCUGGCUUAACCGUCUGCAAGGAACUACACAACAGUGAUGAAGGCAUUAGCCAAAACGUUUGUCUGAUUGAGUUUCUUAUUGCUUUGCUUACGUUUCCAUCUACCCCACAUGCACAUGCUCAAAUCUGCCCACGGUUGGGUUCACUUGAGGAAGAUGGUGUUCAUUGCCUCAGAAGGUGCUUGAACACUGCAGCCCAGUGCUCUAUCCACUGAGCUGCCUUCCACACAGCAGCCCAGUGCUUUAAUGACCCCAUCAAGCUGCAGUACCUUCCACGCUCCGGUUCAGCACUCUAACCACUGAGCUAUUUGAUCAAGCUACCUACAAAAUCCCCUGCCCACCCCCCCCAAAAAAAACUGUAUAAAAUGAAGCGUACUUUGUUUGAAUGUGUGGUGCUUCACUCAGUCCACUUGCAGCCUUGUGUUAGAUUUGUUGAGUGAGACUGAACUCCAUCGAAAGCACUUAGUGGGAUCAUUUGUACUCAUUAUUUUUGCAAGCCAUAACUAGAAUAAAAAAACUGUGAUUCUCUGGAUGUAAAAAUAAAACAAAACCUCUUGAAUAGAUACAGUUCAUAUGCCGCUCUCUGCAGUGUCUGAAAUCCUGACAGGAGAAGGCAUUACACAAAGAAACAAGAGUGUUGCACAGACUUUUACAUUUCCUAACAUUACAGCUCAGCUCUUUGGACACAAUACGGUUGUGAGAGGAUUGUUUUGUAUGUUGUACCUCCUCAAAUGUAUGAAGAGUCGUUGAAUGUCUUUGUGAACAGAAGGAUCAUGUACAGUGCAUUGUGAUCCUCAUUUUGCCUUACACUGUGUGUCAAACGCAACAAACAUUAGUAAAAGGUCUUAACCCUUUAGGGUACAAGGGACAUACGUGUCCCACAAAUAAAACCAUGCAAACGUUCUUAUUUUUGCAAUGAGGUGCACGAAACGGUUUAAAAUGUACUGACAGGUUGGAUCAGUCAGUUUCCUCGUGAUAGUUGAGUCCUUUCUCAAUUCCUUGUGUACCUUAAGGGGUUAAUAAAUUAGAUUCUUAUACUGAGCCUAGUACCAAAUAUGCCAAAUUAAAAAAGGAUUGUUUUGGGAGAUUACCACCCCACUAAUGUUUUCUGAUAUUCCAUCAUCGCAUUAUAAGUACGUUUUUAGAUCACUAGAUGUAGGAUUAGAAUUAUUUUUGGAGUCCUCUUUUGUAUUUUUACUAUAUAUAUAAAAAACAAAACAAAAAAAAAGUUGUACAGGGAAACUUUGCAGAGUGAUGCUGUUCCUUUUCAAUGUGCUGUUUGCUCUGGAAGUCACUGCGUUUUUUAAGACUAUUGGGGGUUGCAGAUUGUCAGGCGAAGCACUGGAACAUGUUACAAAAGUGAGCAAUUCACUAGAAUGUAUCUGAAACACUCAACGAAUACGGGUGGAAUUUUAUUCUGCUGAUUUUUUUUUAAAACAAUUGUCACUAAAAGACAAUUUUGCAAAUACCUGGGACUGCAAAAUCCUUCAAAACCAAAUGAUUUGCAGUAGACCACUAGACUCCACUCCACUCGUAUUGAGAGGGGGGGAAUGCUUGUGAGGGAGUCCUCACAAAUAAUCAACACCUCAUCAAAGCCCCGGGUGAUAUGUCAGCAGUCUGUUAUUUUGUUCUUGGUGUACAGUUGUUCAUACCGAUACUGUAGAUCGCUAGUGUAAAUGUGACGUGUUUGCUGCACAAUCUAGUAAUAGGGCGCUCUGAUUGAAUGUGACGUGUGUGCAACCUUUAAGGGCUGAGAAUUCAUGGCUGAUUCACAGAUUAUACGCUCAAUCACAGAUUAUGCUCCAUCACUGUAAUGAAACAUGCAGUAGUGCAGGCACUUGCACAUGCAGCUAAGUGUAACAGCCGUGGCUCCCAACGGCUGCAUUGCUAUAAGGAAGCACUGUAAAAAGUUUUGAAUGAGCCCUGACACUGCUGACAAUCGUGUUGGAUUAUCCACUAUUGAGUGUAAUUCAGCCCCCCCCCACCACACAUAAUAUGCUCUGCUGUUUAAAGAGUGGGGUAUAGGACCUAGAGAUUGUCUUACUCAGCAGCUCAGCCCCGAUUUUACAUGACAUUUACUUACUGCCUCUGUAGAAGCCUAGCGGGUCUUCACUGUGAUUCAGACUAACAUCAACAACGUUUUAUAAAAAAAAAAAACAAGAAGAUAAAGUCAGUGCCUUUUGCAGAAAAAAUGCCACGUCUUCCUUUCCUAAAGAAUUCCUCCUCCGGUAGCCGUGUGUGCAUUGUAACACAGAGCUAAUGACAGCGCUGGAGAUCUGAGAGUGGAGUGUUUAGACUAGUGCUCAUUAUUAUUAAGGUACUGGUAAUGACAGCGCUGGUGAGCUGAGAAUGCAGUGUUUAGACUAGUGCUCAUUAUUAUUAAAGUGCAGGGUAUUAUCCUUUAAUGUUAUCAGAACUGGAGGUGGGUUUUCUUUUUUCUCAAUCAAAAGACUGGCGUUUCUGCUUUCUACUCUGCCGCUAGACUCCUACUAAUGCCCUGCUGUAACUGACAUGUAUUCUGUAUGUCUGUAAACUGUGUGAGCUGGUAUUGGAAUGCAAUUAUAUGUACUUAACUGAAAAUGGGUUAUUUCAUUGUUUUUUUUUAGAGCUGUCAAUGGAUCAUGUCAUGUAAUAGUGUGUAGUACUGUGUAUAUGCUUUAACUCAUCCAUCCAGUACUAACAAGAAAGACCGUGACAUGUGUAUAAUGUAGAUCUGUAUUAUUUGACUUGGUGGUGCACUAUGUAAUGUAUUGAGUAUAAAGUGAACAGUUUAUUUUAUCUGAUGUACUUCAGUGGUUUUUUGGAGGGUUUACGUGUGUGUGAUACUCAGCUGCAGCACUCCGAGGAUGCUGCAGGUGAGAUUUGUGUUUUUUCUUCUUUUCUUUUUCAUUCCCGCUGUGCAGUGACGUGUUGAUCAUUUGAAUAAUUAAAACAAUUUACCUGGA